AUGUCCGACGUCGUCAGCGAGGCGUCGUCCGCGCCGUCGCUCAGCGACGUGGACGACGACGACGACGAUCGGCAUCGGGUCGUCGCGGGCCCCGCGUCGAGCGCGCGAUCAUCGCGCGGGCCUCCCCCGCUGAAGCCGGCCUCGUCGUCGCGUUUAACAUCGCCGCCGCCCGAGUCGAAACCCUCCCCCGACGUCCUGGACCACGCGGUGGACUUUCUCAAGACGAGAGACGGGAUGGACAAGAUGCUGAAGCUGAUGCGAUACGCCGCGGCGCUGACCGCGCUGGCGACGACGAACGCGAAGCUCUCGAAGCUCGAGCGCUACACCGCGCUGACGAGGAAGUUCCUCCGCCUCGGGCGCUUCCUCGGGAACGCGAAGGAGCUCAGGGACUUAUCCCGAACCUCCCGGCGGCUGUCGCGAUUGGGCGCGACGGCGACGGCGGGCGGCGACGACAUCGCGCGUCAACGACAUCGCGCGUCGGUGACUGUCAACAACCUCGCCAUUGCGUGUCAGGGCGUCCAACUCGCGUACAACCUCCUCGAGCAAGGCAACUGGGCGACGCGGACGCGCCUCGUCACGAACGAGCGGUGGAAGAGGACGUUCAGCGUCGGCGCGAACUACGCCGAGCUCGCGGUGUGCUUCUUCAGCGCGCAGCUGCACGCGUUGGCGCUGCGGGACCUGGAUCGACGCGCGCGCGAGAUCGCCGACGCGAUGGAAGCGAGACGCCGCGUCGCCGCGGCGGCGGCGGCGAAGGGCGCGUUCGCUCCGCGGCGGCGGCCGUGGAAGAAAUCCGACGGCGUGUCCUACGACGAACUCGACGACGAGGUGCUGGACGCGCUGCUCGCGAACGUAGCGCGCGAGCGAUGGACGCGGCGGGUCAACCUCGCGCAGGACGCGUUGGACGCGGCGGCGGUCGCCGGUGACGUCGUCGGCGGCGGCAACGCGUUUCAGCGGCCCGUCGUCGUCGGCGCGCUGGGGUUGUUGUCCGCGAUGUUCGGCGCGUACGAUAAGUGGGUGGCGACCGCGCCCGCGAGCGAGUAG